CAUGACAUCUAAAUAUACAAAUAGAAGGAAAGCGAAUAAUUCUCAUAGAAUUUCUUAUUCCAAAAGAGACAAUUCUCUCGAUUACGAAGAUGAUGAAGAAGAUUCUGAUGCUCCUUUCAGAGGAUAUUCAAAUAAUAAAAAAAGUAACUUGCUUCAAAAUCCAGAUUCAGAAGACGAUGAAUACUACAGAAAAGAUAGGGAAAAGCCUAAUAAAAGAUCACUUCGAAAUGCUCAUUCUUCCAGCGAAGAUAUUAGAAAGAAAAAAAUGCCUUAUAGUCACUCAGAUGGUGAAAUUUCAGAUGAUGAUACUCGAAUACGUAAUGAAUAUUAUCGCCACCUUGAACGAGAAGAGUACGAUACUUUAAAAGAUUUACCAAGGGAUUUUAAUAACAAAGCUCAGGGAAACAAAAAUUCGUCCAGAUUAUCAUUGGGAAUGCCUUUUAGUUCUAUGAACUUAACAGACAGCUAUGCAUCAAAUUUAUCAGAUCAAUCUCAAAAAUCCUAUUCAACUGGUUCAGUAAAUCUUCUAAGAACGGAGGAUGUGAAGAAGAAAAGCUUUCUUGUUGGAUCAAGUGGUUCUUCAUCUCUUAUGGGAGAAAAGGAACUAUCUAAUGUACUUGCUGAUCGACAUAUAAGUGUGUUUUCCUUAACAUGGAAUGUUCAGGAAAAUAAGACUAUUCCAAAAGACUUAGAAGAUAUAUUGCUACCUGAUAAAUUGGAACAUGUACCGGAUGUUUUUGUUAUUAGUUGUCAGGAAUGCGAAUUCGACAGAUUUUCAUGGGAAGUUGCCUUACAGGAAGCUUUGGGUCCUGGUUUUGUUCUUUAUCAUACAGCCGUAUUUGGGAGUUUAUAUACAUUAAUAUUUCUUAAACGACAAUUAACUUGGUAUUGUUCGCUCGUUGAAGAAGCAACUGUUAGCAUAAGAAUAGCUCCUCAAGCAGGAAAGACAAAAGGAGCCUUAGGUCUAGCAUUUAUGAUUUUCGGCUCUUCGUUUCUCAUAAUAAAUUGUCAUUUAUCACCUCAUGAAGAAAACUGGAGUAGCAGACUAAAUGAAAUUAAAACAAUUUCAACACAAUUAGCAUUACCCAAACAACUACCAAUCUCAAAAUUUCCUCUCAAUCAACAAGAGAAGGAUAAAACUGAUAUCUUUGAUUAUGUAAUUUGGAUGGGCGAUUUAAACGUCCGGCUUGAUAGUCAAUGCACAUUGGCAAAGAAACUAUGCCAGUCAAAAGAUCCUACCAGAGUAGAUUUUGAUUAUGAAGAUAUAAAGGAGUAUGAUGAAUUGUUUAAAUAUAAGAACGAAGAAAAGAUAUUUGUCGGCUAUCACGAAGGGCAAAUUCAUUUUCUUCCAAGUUACAAGUUUAACACUAAAGGAGAAGGUUACGCUGAGACGAGAACACCAUCUUAUACCGAUAGGAUAUUAUACAAAACAAAGAGAAAGGGUGCCAUGGAUUGUCUAAUGUAUGAUAGCAUUUAUGAGGUAAAUGCCUCAGAUCACAAACCUGUAUUAGCGGUCGUUUACGCCACAAUUAGGCCUGGUAAAGACAACAUUCCGCUUUGUGUUGGACAAUGUAAUAGAAAUGUCUAUUUAGAAGCCAUGAGGAGAAGAUGUGAAAGAUUAGACGCUCUAAAGCCAGCAGACGACACAACUGAAAUGUCCGGCAAAGCUAAUAAUGAUGAAAAUAAAUCAAAAUCUCCUACCGCAACUGAUGCAGAAGGGUUAAAUAAGGAUCCCGAAAGUUAUGGUUAUGACUUUUAUCCUGAAAGGGAGGGGAGGCAGCAAAAAACUUUUAUGGAGAAAAUGUUCAGAGGUCGCGGCUCCUUCUCUCAGGCUCUUACAUGUGUAUCCAAUGUAUAUUGGUGUAUGGAGAAUAGUCCAGCAGUUAAGUUAAUGCUGAAUGCCCUAAAGAAAAAAGGAUGUGCCAUUAAUCCUCAAAGGCAUAUUUCUUGUGAGGACUGCUAUUCAAGGGUAAACGGGGGAUUCGAUCCGAAAGCUAAUCAAGUAGUCAUUUGCAGGAAUAACUCGAAAAAUAAACAAGUGGCAUGUAGCGUUUUAGCUCAUGAAUUGACUCAUAUGUACGAUUACUGCCGGGCUAAAGUAGAUUUUAAAGAUUUACGUCAUUUAGCUUGUACAGAAAUUAGAGCUGCUAAUUUUUGGCAUUGUUCAUUCUCCUCAUCAUGGGUUGAUGGUGACUCUGGUUUGUUACACGUAAAAAAAAGACACGAAACUUGCGUAAAAAAUAAAGCUCUUAUGUCAAUUUUAAUGGUAAGAGAUAUAGACUUGCAACAAGCGGCUACAAUUGUCGAUGAAGUGUUUGAAAAAUGCUACAACGAUCUAGAUCCAGUCGGCAGGAGAAUAAGAAAAAACUCUAGGGAUGCUGAGAGAGCAUUUGAAGAAUCAAUGUUACGUUUUAAGAAUAAAUAA